AUGAAGAUGGACAACAAAAGAUUUAAACUGAUGCUAGGACUUAAUUAAGUAGGGUCAACAAACUAUUUUGCCUCAUCCACUAAAUCAAGCACUCUCAAAAGAUGCGUCAAUACUCAAACAAAUACCUAGGAUUUCACUCAAAUCGACUAUUUGUUACAAUCUCCAUAAAUUAUUAAGAAAGUUAAAGUCACUGCCGAAAGCACUCUCCACACCUAUGAAGAUGAUUUAUAUUGCUACGAGAGCAUACAAAAUGAUGAAUCAGUCCCAAUCACCUUUUAGACCAAAUCCUCUCCAAUUCCAAUAUAGAAAGAAAUCUACAAUAUCAAUCCUCUGUACUUAUAAGAAUACAAUGAGAAAGAAUAUAACUACAAAACAAGGGCCAUCAUCUUGAAUCGAAUUUAAGAUAAUUGUUAGAACUUAAAUAACCCUUUUUCUCAUAAAGCCAUCUAUCUUUAUGAUUUAUUCCUUUGCAGACUUAAAAGUAAAACCAUAAAUAACUAAACUCAAUUAAGAUUUCUAUCCUUGGCUAUGAUCUUUGUAGCAACUAAAAUGAAUGCUGAAACUCCAAAUAUUAGUUCACUCUUAUCAUAGUCAUCACUCAAUAUGACCAAGCAAUAACUUAUACAAUAUGAGAGACUCAUCCUUAGUGUCUUAGAUUGGCAUACGAAUCCACUAACUAUAUAAGAUAUUAUGUAUGAGAUCAUUUGUAGGUUUUAUAUUGCUCAUCCUAAUUUAAAAAGCUAAUCAGAUCAAGAUUCAAAAAUUAUCAAUUAAAUUAUUAACGUCAUCGUUCUGGAUCACAACUACAUGAGUUACUCUCUAGAGGAUCUCUCCUUUUCAAUAGUAUUUGCACUUUUUCAAAAGGAUCUAUCAGAUGAUUUAUUUGAGGAUUUCCUGAAGAUGCAUAAUAAGACCAAACAAUCACUUUAACAAUCUCUAAGAUUUGUAUCAAAAUAUAUUAGAGUAGUCAAUUAGUUGAAUGAUAAACAACUUGACAUCAACUCUUUGGAAAUACUUAAAUUAGUUUGUGAUUGA